AUGAGCAAGGCUGGGCAAUCUUUGAAAUGGGUUCUCUUGGAUUCGAUUCACCAGUGCAACGACUUGAGAUCCUUCAAGCAAAUCCAUGUGCAUCUAUUGACUUCUGCCCUUGUUACCAAUGACUUGGUUAUUACCAAAGCUGCAAAUUUUUUGGGAAAAAUAUGGACUGUUAGGAAUGGUUUUGUGCUUGAUGUGUACACUAUUCCAGCAGUUCUAAAAUCUUGUGUUAAGUUUUCUGGGACUGGAGAGGUGUUUGAUGACAUACUUGUGAGAGACGUGGUCUCUUGGACUGGUUUGAUAUCUGGGUAUGUCAAGGCUGGGUUGUUUAAUGAGGCCAUUGGAUUGUUUUUGAGGAUGGAUGUGGAACCUAAUGUAGCAACCUUUGUCAGCAUACUUGGGGCUUGUGGGAAAUUGGGGUGUUUAAAUUUGGGGAGAGGGAUUCAUGGGUUGGGUAUGAAAUGUCUUUAUGUGAAGGAGUUGGUGGUAUGCAAUGCUGUGUUGGAUAUGUAUAUGAGGUGUGAGUCUGUUACUGAUGCAAGACAAAUGUUUGAUGAGAUACCUGAGAAAGAUAUUAAGUGGGAUGUUCAUGUAGGAACUGCAUUGGUUGACAUGUAUGCAAAGUGUGGUUACAUAGACAUGGCGCAACUUAUUUUCAGUGGAAUGCCUUCCAGAAAUAUCCGUACUUGUAAUGCCUAUACAGAUGGUCUAGCAAUAAAUGGACAUGUUCAUGGUGAUUAUUCAGAAGAUGUUGGUACAAAGGUAGAUAGACCUGAUGAAACAAUUGUUGAGGAACCAACGGAAAUAAUUGGAGCUUGA